AUAUAAUUUGCAAAAAAAUAUCUAUAAGUUGUUUUAAAAAAGUUCAAAAGACCUUAUUACCAACAUGAACAAAACUUCACAAAGAACUGGACAAACAUUAAAGUUUGUGAGUUUAGUUACUCUCACAGUUCAAAAUGCUAUGGUUGGCCUUAGCAUGCGAUAUUCACGUACCAGAGCAGGAAACAUGUUUCUUUCUUCCACUGCUGUUGUGAUGGCUGAAGUAGUCAAAUUGAUUACCUGCCUUAUAUUAGUAUAUACUGAAGAAGGAAAUUUUGAAAAAUUUUACAAAGCAUUACAUAUGACAAUCGUGAAGCAACCUAUCGACACUUUAAAAGUGUGUGUGCCAUCCUUUCUGUACAUUAUUCAAAAUAAUUUACUUUAUGUUUCUGCAUCAAAUUUAGAUGCAGCUACGCAUCAGGUUACAUAUCAGUUGAAGAUUCUAACGACAGCCUUUUUCGCAGUGACAAUAUUACGUAGAUCUUUACAUAGUACCCAAUGGGGUGCACUCGUACUCUUGGUUAUUGGAGUGGUUUUGGUACAAUUAGUACAAACUGUAAAAGCAUCAUUACCUUCGGGUAUUGAACAAAAUCACUGGUUGGGUUUUUCUGCCGCUUUAAGCGCCUGUUUCCUCUCCGGCUUUGCAGGAAUUUAUUUCGAAAAGAUUCUUAAGGGCUCUGACAUUUCCGUGUGGAUGCGAAACGUGCAAUUGAGUGUAUUAUCUAUACCGUUCGGCCUAAGUACAUGUUUUUUGCAAGACGGUAAUGUCAUACGCAAGCAAGGCUUCUUUUUCGGUUACGAUUUGUUCAUUUGGUACUUGGUAAUCCUACAAGCAGGUGGUGGAUUGAUUGUAGCUAUGGUAGUCAAAUACGCCGAUAAUAUAUUGAAAGGAUUUGCUACAUCUUUAGCUAUCAUAAUUUCUUGUUUUGCUUCCGUUUAUCUAUUCGACUUUCACUUGUCGUUCCAGUUUACUCUGGGUGCAUUCCUUGUCAUCUGUUCGAUUUUUCUUUAUGGCCACCAACCGAAAAUUGUAUCCCUUGAUAAACAUACAUCUGCCGAGAAAGUCUGA